GUGAACCUAAAAGGCUCCAGCAGCAGCUCAGCUGGAAGACGGUUGUGUUUUCGUUUCUCAGCUGAAUCUCUGCGUAGUUUCAGCAACAAUGUCUUCAGUUCAGCAUCUGAGAGAGUUUAUCAGAGAGCGACUAACUGCUGCUGCUGAAGAAAUCUUCUCAGAGGUUGAGAAAACCAUCGUCCGCUACGAGGAAGACGCCAGACGGCUGGAAAGCUGCUGGAGACCCCAGAUAAAACUCCCCACCACCGACCUCCAGAAGCAACAUGGCAGCAACCAGGAGGAGGUUCUGGCUGAGCAGCAGCUCUUUGAUCCGUGGAGGCUGCCCAGCGCACACCCAGAGGAACCAGAACCCUUAAACCUUAAAGUGACCCAGGAGGAGCUGGAACCCCAGAUUAAAGAGGAACAGGAGGAACCAGAACCGCCACACAUUAAGGAGGAACAGGAGGAGCUCUCUCUGGAGGUCGAGCAGUUUGUCUUGAAGGAGGAAACUCUUACCUUCAUGGAGGUGCCCACUUAUCAAGAAAGACACUUUGGUGAAGCAGCUGCGAGUGACGAGCAGCUGUACUCUGGGGAUUUUAAUGACGAUCAGAACCAUGAAGGAAGCUACUCUCCUGUGUCAGAGAGUCGGUCCGAUUCUGUCCCAGACACUCCCAUAACCUGCGAUGUUUGUUUGAAAGGCUUCAAAUCGAAGUACAGCUUAUACCGCCACCAGAGGAUCCACUCAGGUGUGAAGGCACACACCUGUUCCAUAUGUUUCAAAAGGUUCACCCAGGGUUCCCAUUUAAGAGCCCACAUGAGGUCCCACACUGGGGAGAGGCCAUUUUCCUGUGAAACGUGUGGGAAAAGCUACACACAAGUUGGCGGUUUAAACGCUCACAUGAGAACCCACACGGGCGAGAGGCCGUACUCCUGUGAGAUAUGUGGUAAAAGUUUUAUCAGUUGUGCUAACCUGAUCUGCCACCGGGGAACCCACACCUGUGAGAGGGCGUUCUCGUGUGAAACGUGCGGAAAAAGCUUCAUUCAGAAGAGGAGCUUGAACGCGCACAUGCGAAUCCACACGGGUGAGGGGCGAUGUUCGUGUGAAACGUGUGGGAAGAGCUUCACAGACAGGUGGUUCCUGAACGCCCACAGAAGAAUCCACACGGGCGAGAAGCUCUACUCCUGCAAAACCUGCGGGAAAAGCUUCUCUAAGAACUCCACCUUAAAAGUCCACAUGAUCACGCACACCGGCGACAGGCCCUAUUUAUGCGACAUGUGUGGAAAGGCUUGUAUCAGCAGAAGUUACCUGAAAGUCCACAUGAGGACCCACACAGGCGAGAGGCCGUUCACGUGUGGGAAAUGUGGAAAGAGUUUCAUUCAAAGCGGUAAUUUAAACGUCCACAUGAGAAGCCACGCAGAGGAAAGGUAGAAACUCUGUUGAUUUGUGUCUUCUGCCUCUUUUUGGACCAGUUUAGAAGUUUUUCAAUGACUGAUUAUAACAAAUGAUUGAUUUUUGUUCUCCUCAAAAUGUUUGCAUAUAAGUUUCACUCAAAGUAUUUUUUUUUGCAUCCAACAAGACUAAAUAGAGACAGUAGCUAUGUUUACAUGCAUAAAAUGUCACAAUCGGAUUGAAAUGUACUCAGAAUACAAAAAAACCCCAAAAAAAUCCUUAUUUUACCGUUUAAAUGGGCAAACAGUCUAAUUCUAUCUAAUAAUGUGCAUUUAUAGGCACCUGACUUUAUUCAGAAUAGAACCUCUCUGACAUGCGCAGUUAUCACAUUUCCCUUACAAAACGUCAGAAGAAGAACUUCUGUCUUUGCUGAACAACAAAAAACAGUAAACAAAGCAGUAUUAUAUGAGUUUGUUUGUCUUCCGAGUACCCAGACUGGACUUGCAUCAGGUUCUAGCUACAGUAGAGAUGUUAUUGAAUAAAUAAUAAUUUUGAGCACUUUUAAUGUUUUGAAUUGAAAAGUUGUAUCGUGAGCACCAACAGUUUUGCUUCCUGCCGUAUUUCUGCCAUUAAAUGUGGAAAUGUGUCACGUUUACAUCAGGUGCACAUGCGCACUGGGGUCAGUUUACCUCAUUCAGAGUAACUUAAUCCUGACAAGCGCUUAUAUACACAAUGAUCAGAUUAUCAAUCAGCAUAAACCACCCAGGUCAUUUGGAUUACAAUCUAAUUAUGAUUAAACUUCAUCCGAUCAUCAUAUUCCGAUUAGCUUGUCAGAGGCUUCUUCAAAUGCACUGCAAUACAGAAAAGCUACAAGAGAUCUGUUCCUGCCAGCAGCCAUCAGUAUCUACAACAACUCUGUAAAGAAUGUGUAUCCAUAGGAUUUACAACAUUUAAUUUCCCUUUGCAUCAAUAAAAUGUAUCAAAAUUUUAACCUACAAGACACAUUUGUAUUCCGAUUGGCCCUUUUAUUCUAACUACUUUUGUUCUUGUAAACGUAGCUACUCUCCAAUUUUUUAAGCAUUAUGUGAAGACAGUGACACUUUACCAUGACAAAAAUAAAUCAAAAUAAGCUCUUGUUAUGUAUGUAUUUCCAAAAUAAUGAGACCAAAAUUGGAAAUCAACACAAAUGCGUCUUAAUUUAGUAAAAGCAAAUAAUCUUUCUGUUACACCCUGAAGUAAAAUUAAAUGUAAGAGAUUCAAACUUCAAAAUCACUAAUAUUUAUUUAUGUAUUUAACUUUUGGUUGUUGUAAUAUGCUUUAAAUCGUUAUCUUUACAAAUAAAUGUGAUUAAAAUAGGAAGUAGAAAUGAUGCAUUUAGUUUUCUGCAUGGCAUCUAAAUAUGCAGGCGGAUGAUUUGGCGAAAUUAAGGGUGCUUAUAAACGUUAAAAAAAUUAUUCUGCAGUAUUUUAGAUAAUUCAUCCUUCCGUUAAGUUUUCCUGACAGGAUCAGAACAGCUUUGCAUUGUGUUUAUGUCAGAUUUACAUAGCACUCAGCUACAUAAAUCCAUAUAAAACAAGCUUUUUCUUUGGUUUAAGGUGUUUCUGUUGGACCAUCAUGUCCAGUAGAAACCACUUCAGUCUUAUUUGGGUUCAGUUUCAUGAGAACAGAGGCCAUGUGGUUCUUAAAGAAGUAAAGUGAAGAGUUCAGAUUGUUCUUACUUUUACUUCAAAUGACACGUGGAACCAAGUCGCUAAUAAAGCUUCCAUAGUCUCCAUCAGGCAGACACAUGUGAAUCUAAAGUUUUAAGUUUUUAGGAAGAAUCCAUGAUGUGGUAACGUAUGUUUGUUUAGUAACGGAUGAAUAAUUCACUAUAUGUGUGUAAUCAUCUAAUUCCCCUGUAAUAAAAUGCUUUGUGCAGAACCUUUUCUGGCAUCUCU